UCUAAACAUUUAUACAUAAAAUAAAAUUUAAAAUAAAACAACAAAUGUUCAUCCAAUUUUUUAUAACAAAUUUUUGUUUGACUUUGAGGUUUUACUUUUUUAAAGAUCUUUUUCUCCGGCUGUCUACCACCAAACAUUAAUUCUUCGAUCAAUCUCCCACCUCAAUAAAUCCAUUUUUUUAAGUAUUUUCAUUAAAGCAUGAAAGUUUUUUUGGAGAUUAAAUAAAAUUUUGGGAAUUACUUUCCCUCGUUAGCAGCCUUUGUCCUAUCGUCACUGAAUCUUGAUUUAAAAAAUUAUUCCUAGUAUAUCAAAUCAUUUUUAUCUCUUUUAUCUCCAUUAGUCUUCAAAUUGAUAAUUAAUUUAUUUUAAUGGGUAGUCGUUAUUUAAAUCUUCCCCAAACCGGAGAAGUUCCUUCUUCCAUGGUUGAUCAAUUUUUUAAUAAUGACCAACAUCCUCCACCCGCUAGAAAGAAAACAAUUCAAGAACUCGAAGAAGAGGAAAGAGAAGCUAGAGAAAAAGCUGAAAUUGCGAUUACCGAAGCUUUAUUAAAUGAAGAUUUGGAAAAUAUAGAGGAUUUAAAAAAUGGAAGUAAUGGAGGUGAUAAAGGAAUAAAGAAAAGGAGAUCAUUUCCCUCACCAUCAAGUAAAGGAAGUGGUCCCCUUGGUUGGCUAGGCAUUACCCAACUUAUUUUGGGGUUAUUUCUUCUAAUAUUUGAUGCUUUUACAAAUCCUUUAAGUCAAUCCAAUUUUGGUGUUUCUGCUUCAUUAUUUGCUGUUUUAUCUUCAGUUUUGAGUUUUAUAUCUGCUAGUCGAUGGCCAGAAAGAAUUUCCUUAUGUAUUUUAUUACCUGGUUGUGUAUUUACUUCUCUUUUAUGGGCUUGUUUGGGUAUUGAAAGUAGCCAAAAACUUUCCAACCAACCAAUUCCUAUUAAAAUUAAUUGUCCACAAACAAAACAAUUAAUAGAACCUUUAAUUUGGGUAAAAUGGUUAAAAGAAGAAAGUUUUUUAAAUAUUCGAAAAUGUAUUGGUCCAGCAAUUAAUUCUAUAUUAUUAUGUUUUGCCUUAAUUGGAGGAUUUUUAUCUUUAUGUUCUUUGCUUGUUUGUUGUCGUUCUUUACAUUUAGCAUGUUCUAAUCCAUCAAAAAUAAAAAAAUUAAAAAGAAAAAUGUCUGUCAAUAAACCAAUGAUUUCUGCCGCAAAUAGGCCCUUUACUUUAUUAAUUUCACCAACAGGGAGACUUCGAACAAAAAUUCCAAAAUUACCGUUAAGAAAGAUAAUUGAAGAAGAAAAUAAAACGAAUGAAACUAAUUGUUGUGAAUAAAAUAAUUUAAAAAAGAAAUUUUUAUUUAAAUUAAUUAUAAAUGAAGAGAGAUCAUUUUUUAAAUAAUUUUUAAAUUUAAUUUGUAAAAAUGACUGAAGAAAAGAGUAGUUAACCCAACGUUUUGCGCACAAAGGGAUGCCGCCAUCCUUUUGGAUGGGUGGUUAACCGCAAUUAAUUAUGAUUUAUGUUCGCGCACUAGCUUAAACCUAUUGACAGCUUUGGUGGGGGAGGGGUCCGCGCGAGCUAUCCUUAUCCUAUUGAGUGAGUGGGUGGUAGGAGGGGGGAGGAUUUUCAAAUUAGAGCUGGGG